AACACUGGACAAUCAGCUGGCCGCAUUACACAAGCAGCCGCUUCCCUCAGAUUCCUCUUCUUGUUUAAGUGCAAUUAUAUUAAUUAAAAGGUAGUCAUGCCUUUCAUGAAAGGACGCGAGCCGAUUCGGCGCACUCUCAACUACCUAAACGCCGGCAAACUGGUCCUCAAGGACAAGGUCCGCAUCUUCAGUGUCAACUACAACACAUACGGUGAUCAUCACGCGGGUGCCAGGGACUUUGUCUUCUGGAACAUUCCACAGAUCCAGUUCAAGAAUCCCGAAGUUCAGGUGCUCACCCUUAAGAACCUGACGCCGUCGCCGUUCGUGCGAUGCUACUUUGAAGAUGGCCGGGACAUGCUGAUCGACAUUGAGGGACGAAACAAGAACGAUAUCAUCGAGCACCUGGUCCAGGUGGUGGGCAAGACGAGAGAGCAACUGGACGCGGAGGCGCGCCUAAAGGAGAGCAAGGACAAUCCGGCAAACUUUGGCUACGGCUGCGGCAGGCACUGCAUUUGUGAGAUUCCCGGACAGGUGCGGUGUCCGGGCACAGUUCCGCUUCCCGAACAGAUGCGUGGGAAAUUCAAGUUUGCCCCCAAGUAGAUGCUCCCGGUUGAUUUUUCCUCUCCUACGUUUUUUUUAAAUAAAUUAAUUAUAAAAC